GAAAAGGGCAUUUUCGGAAAUUGCAGUCGUUGCAGGCCUCUCUCACUCUGACGUCGAAGCUUCUCUGUUUCUGCUCCUUCUUUUGAAAUUACAAUUAUCACAGAAGAGUGCUUCUUAAUAUCAAUUGCAAUGCGUGCACCAGCAUUACUUGCACAGUGUUUACCUGGCCUAGUGCCUCAUGAUCGUGGAAGUCAUAGCAUAUCUUCCAUUCCUGAGAAAGAGAUUCAUCUCCCAUCACCAGCGGUAGAGAUUCUCCCUUCAAAGGCAAUUCACACUGACAAGGACUCUGGGGAGAAUUUAGACCUUUUUAAGGGUAAAGUUAGUGUUGCUGAUAUCAUUGGGUUCAGCGGUUCAGAGACGAUAUCCUCAAAAUCUGAUGGGUAUCUGAAAUCCUGGGCCAGUUCCAUUGAUCUUGUCAAUGUUCUUAAGCAUGAGAUUCGUGAUGGGCAACUGAGCUUUAGAGGAAAAAGAGUACUCGAGCUCAGUUGCAAUUAUGGGCUUCCUGGAAUCUUUGCUUGCUUGAAGGGAGCUUCCAUGGUGCAUUUUCAAGAUCAGAAUGCAGAAACUGUAAGAUGCACAACUAUACCAAAUGUCCUUGCUAAUCUCAAGCAAGCUCGUGAUAGGCAGAUUCGACAGCUAGAGCCUCUCCUUACUCCUUCUAGACAGACUCUUUCACCAUCAGUUAACUUUUAUGCUGGGGACUGGGAAGAAUUACCUGAUGUGCUGUCUAUUGUGAAAAACGAUGGAGGUGAAGUGACGCAUGGAACGAGUUUGAGCUUCUCGGAGGAAGAUUUUAUGGAUGGAUGUAGUAGCCAAGAUGGUAGCAUCAUGGGACAAGAAUCUUCCUCAAGACGAUCUAGGAAGCUCUCCGGAAGUCGAGCAUGGGAAAGAGCUAGUGAGGUGGAUCAGGGAGAGGGUGGCUAUGAUGUUAUUUUAAUGACAGAGAUUCCUUACUCCGUUACAUCUUUGAAAAAGCUGCAUGCACUUAUUAAGAAGUGCUUGAGACCUCCAUAUGGUGUAGUAUAUCUAGCUACAAUGAAGAAGCACUAUGUUGGCUUCAAUUAUGGAGCCCGGCAACUGAGAAGUCUGGUAGAUGAGGAGAGUAUUUUCGGAACGCACCUAGUCAAGGAUUUGGCCGACAGAGAUAUUUGGAAAUUCUUUCACAAGUGAACAACAAUUCAAAAAUCAGAUGGACUCACCUUAGCAAACUUCUCACAAAUAUAUUUUCUAUUGAAAAACACCAUACAUAUUUUUGUAAUCUGAAUCACAACCAUUCUUUCUUCUUUUUUUUAAUCUAUAAUUUUUCCAUUUUUCUUAUAGCUUAGUAAUAAUGGAGGUCCGAAUUUGAAAGAUCAGUUAAGGUGCAUCUUCAGUGCGAAGCUGCCUCUUGUAAUUCUUUUGCAUA